GUGAGAAAACGGACUUUCCUGUGGCACUAACAGUGGUAUUCUCUUCUCUUGCCAGAACCCAGUGGACACUGCUAAGCAUAUAUAUAUAUAUAUAUAUAUACAUAUAUCCAUAUGCAUGGAGACAUACGCUAAUAUAGACUUGAUCCAUACUUUCACCUCUAAAACAAUAGACAGGUGCUGGUGUCUAUACAGAACUGCCGAGUUUUCUGUGUUGCCGUGAUUUCGUAGACACAGAUGUACAGAUGUAUGUGAGAUGACAUCUGAAGGAGCACCGAUUUCUCGCAGCUUGUCUACAGAUGCGCGGGGUGUCUGUGGAGCCGCAGAUCGUUCGGGUGAGGAGAGCGAAAGAGACUCUGUCCGCGUUUUCUGUGGGUCCGCUGCGUCUCGUGCUGGCCUUCGCUUUAUUGCUAGGGGAAGAAGGGAGUCGCUCAAGGUGCUCUCUGUUUUUCGCCGACGAGGACAGUGAAGCAGAGGCUCUUCAGAGCGUGGACGUCUCGUCCUCCGCUUCCGGGGAGAGGUGCACGACAGAAGGCCUGCUGCAACACCAGAGCCCGGUAGAAGGAGCAGACGCAGAACGGAAGGAAAAGCGAGCUAUCGAGAUUGCGGUGGACUCUGACGACGAAGCGACGGCAGAGGAUGUUGGCCCAGACAGAGCCGGACAAAUCACGGCAGCAGGAGAGAGGUGCGAGAGAAGCAGCGCCGAGGACAGAGCGCUGGAAAUGAGCCCUGGCGGCCUCCACGCACUCUCCGAUCAGAGUCCUGGAGUGUCGGGAACAGACGAAGACGAAGCGCUGCUCGCCGAGCGACGCGAAGAAGCGUCCGACGCCAGUGCGGACACUCAGACACGCGCCGCAGACGUUCGGAGAGAGAUCAGAGAUCCCCGAGAAGAAGAACAGGAGGAAAAAGAGAACGAAGAACGAAAAAAGAACGGGGAUGAAGAGACGACGGAGAAGGAGGCAGUUGAAACGCACACACUGGACGAGAAAGAAAAGGAAGCCAUUCUUCAAAGUCUCUUUGUCGAUUUCGACGAAGACGAAGACCCACAACGCGACGCCUGCACUGUAGGGCGGCUUCUCCUUCUCCACAGUCGUCUCUGGCUAGAAAUCGUCUGACUUUCUUUCCCCUUGCAGCAGCCACAGAACCGCAUUCCAAGCGAGGGCAAAGAAACGCAUGCAGAGACACAUGUUUUGACGUAUACUACUUAUAUAUAUAUAUAUAUAUAUAUAUAUUUAUUCGUAUUUGUUGAUAUCUAUGUGCAUGUCUAAAUGCAUGUAACAUAUGUAUACACGUCUACUUUUGUAUAGAGAGAGAUAUGAGUACAUGGAGCACCUCCGAUUCUGUUGCAGUUCCACUUUCAGUGUUCACGUGGAAAACCUGCGCCUGUUUAUCGUCUGGGUUUGAAUAUCGACAACCGUAUUUCCUCACACUUGUUCGCGGGGCUGAGUGCGAGAUUCUUCUUGGCCUUGUUUCUGGUUCUUCCAAGGUACCCGGCUCGGACCUUCCGAAGUUUCCUUCGUCUACGCCCACAUGGUAGAGAGGAUCGGAGAGAUACAGCAGGAUAGAUAAUGCAGACGGAUAUAGAGAGCUCGAUGAACGUUGGCAGAUAGACAGGGAUAGAUGUUGAGAAGCCGGAGAAUGUAAAUAUGGAUCGCUGUGCAGAAAGAUGUAUGGAGAGA